AUGGAAGUCUUUGUGCGCAAUGUUCCCUUCUCGGUAUCAGAAGAGGACCUCCGCGUCCAUCUAGCGCAGAAAGUCCACAUACCGCCAAUUCAAAAUCCUCAUUCUCCGCUGUUGAAUUUUGAGGUGGAGCUUUUUCGCAGGGCUGGAUCGGCUACUCAUCGUGGCAUGGGUCUUGUAACCUUUCCCGAUGUACGCUCGGCCAAUACGUUCUUGCAGCUGUAUAGCACCAUGACCGUUGGUGGGAGGUCGGUUAACUUCCAGCGAUCUACGCGACCAGCCAAUGAAGCGCAUUUAGCUGCUGUUGCGUCCCGACCGUGGGUUGAUCCUGAAGCCUUGCUACAGGAAAGACUGUGGCGCCAAGCCAUUGCGAAGCCUUCUUCCUCGAUCGCCAUCGAGCUUGGACGCAUCUGUCGCAAAGGCAUCUUCGCAACAGAAAUGACUGUCCACGGGCGUGUCAUGUGCAACCCUGAUCUAAGAAGGCUCAAGAUCGAUAUCGAUCCAGCCUCUGAUCACCAGAAUUCGAACCAUGGUUCUGUAUUCGAUUUGCAAGCCUUUUUAUCUUUUGUUUUCGCCUCCUGCACAUCGUUCUGGUACCGCUUCUCCAAUAUCAAGACGCUGGUGUCUUCAGGUAACAGAUGUGAUGUCUAUCUUCAGUCGUCUCUUCCGGCUACCAUACAGGUAGAGACAGAGAGUGGCGUUCUCCGUGCUUCAACAGAGCGUUCCUCUACGCUCCGUAGUGAUGGCCAUCUCAUGCCAUUUAUUUCCCAAGGGUUAUGUUUCCGUUUCGACACGCCAGCCCACGCAUCCGACUUUCUCUCUCAUUGCAAACACAUGCAUUUGCCUUCUUCCAUUCAUCGUCCUAUCACUCGAAUCGAACGAGGACAAGAAUACAGUAACAGCAAGUUUCAGGCUUUACACGUUGAACUACGGUCUCUGUCCUUCCCCCUUGCAUUUGAGGUUGAAAAGGCGUACUGGGCAGGGCUUCUGGAGGCUUCAGAGCUGUUGGGCCUUUCUAGUGCAUUGCAUGAGUUGGAAGCACAUCACGACAAUCUCACCGCGUCUUCCGCCUUCCGCCAAUUCACUUCUGUGCUGAAUGUUCCCAGUCUCCGGGAUGCCGUGCCGACUCGACCAGCAGUAAAUGCGGCACUGCAUGGACCUACAUCAUCGCAGACGUCGAAUUCAGCCCCGUCACAGUCAGGGUCGAAAUCGAGUCGGAAACGUCGAAAUCGCAGGACUCGCAAGCGGCAGCUCGCUGCAACUGCGUCAGCCAGAGCAGAACAGGAUCUUCCUGGUCUACUACGUGAAGCAGUCGAGACCUACAUAGCCGAAGCGAGGAUGCCAAAGCGGCGCUUUGCCCCAUCACCCGCUGUAUACCAAUCGUAUCAUCUCGUAAUCACGCCUACAACUCAAAUUUUGGAGGGCCCGCUUCCGGAUCAGUCCAACAGUGUUUUACGACGCUAUGAAAAGAAUGAUGCAUUUCUUCGGGUAUCAUUCCAGGACGAGGACAAGGGAAAGCCUCGCCGUGAACCGCCUCUCUCAAUAGAUCAGCUCUUAGUGAAACGGUACCGUCUCGUCCUUACUGGUGGAGUGGUAGUUGCAGGCCGGAAGUUUGACUUUCUUGGUUAUUCCAUGAGCGGACUGAAGGAAUAUUCUUUCAUGUUCGUGAGGCCAUUCAAGUUCCGUGGUAAGCGUAUUGACGCAGAUAUCAUUCGCGGGGAGCUGGGUGAUUUCACUAAGGCCGCUUAUCGUCCUGCCUUACUUGGUGCUCGCUGGGGUCAGAUGUUUUCUAAUUCAAUCCCUUCCGUCGAAAUUUCCCCCGGGAUGAUCACAAAUAUUCCAGACCGAACUGCCGGCUCUGGUAGCCCCGACGCAAAUCAAGUCUUCACAGACGGCUGUUCAACGAUCUCACACGACCUCCUGACAAUUGUGAAGGAAAAGGUCGUGCGACGCGCCAUAUUUGCCCCUUCAGCGUUGCAGUUUCGGCUCGGUGGAGCAAAAGGCGUCUUACUUUUGGAUCCCACCUUGACAGGCGAGAAGUUGACCAUUCGUCCGUCACAGACGAAAUUUGCCUCCGAAAGUAUGCGGGGCUUGGACAUAACAACUACAUCUGCAAAACCUAUCCUCUGUUAUCUUAACCGGCCUAUGAUUGCCCUCCUGGAGCACCACAAAGUUCCACUCAAGAGUUUUAAGGACCUGCAGGACCGAGCUAUCUAUGAAGUACGUCAGACCAAGAAAUCCUUGGACGCUGCCGCUACCACAUUUACCCACCAUGGUCUUGGCGCCUCCUUCCACUUAGAUUCUCUCUUCCGUAAUAUGGCAAGGAUAUUACAGGUGGAAUUAUCUGACGAUAUUGACUCGGGAUCGGGGGUACACUACGGCUUACUGAAGACAGUCAUCGCAUAUGGUGCUACCCAUAUCUUGAGGGAGAUCAAGCAUCGUGGACGGAUCCGCAUACCUGGGUCGUACACUCUAAUCGGCGUAUCGGACGAAUGGGACUGCCUCGAGGAAGGCCAAGUGUAUGCCACUAUAUUUGAUCCACGCACAAACGAACGUAUAGCCGUUGAAGGUCGCGUUCUUGUCACACGUAGCCCUCAAAUUCAUCCUGGAGACGUUCAGUUUGCUACGGCAGUGCGAAGGCCGGAAUUGAGUCAUUUGACGAACGUGAUCGUCUUUUCAUGCAGAGGAAGUAGAAGUUUACCGUCUUGCCUUGGAGGAGGUGAUCUCGACGGUGAUAUAUAUAAUAUCAUUCUAGAUGAAACUCUACACCCACCCAAAGAAUUCACAGCGAAACCUGGCACAUACAAACCACUGCCUCCUGAUAUCAGAAGCAAUAUCUGUGGUAAAGCGGAAGUCGCAGAGUUUGUUAUCAACUACAUCAAAUCUGAUCUCCUGGGAUAUAUUUCGACGCUCCACUUGAGAAUUUCCGACCUCAAAGGUGUUGAUUGUGAUGAGUGCCUGCUUCUAGCGGAGAAGGCUUCACAUGCUGUCGACUUCCCCAAGGUCGGAACUCCUGUCAAAUUUUCAGACCUUCCCCAACCCACAGACCCGCAUCGACGACCUGAUUACCUGUCCGGUGAGGGAGUCAACCCCGGCGAUGGACCAGGGUAUUACCCUAGCAAUAAGAUCCUCGGUAUCCUCUAUCGCAGCGUACCUGUGGAUGAGUACCAUCCGCGUAAAGAUGAAGCAGAACUCGUCGAUCACGACUUGCUAGAUGGUUUACUGCAACCACAUCUUCGUGUGGCGUACGACUUGAGCAUGGAUCCCGACGAAGAUGAUCUCGGAGAAAUGCGUCAUAUUUUGGACGAAUAUUGCCAGCAGUUGUUGGUGAUAGCCAAAGCGCAUACCAUCUCCAAAGUGUCGACAGAACAUCUUUCUGAAGCUGAACUUGUCUGUGGGUGUAUCAUGGAACGUUACACCGAUCACAAGAAGCGCAGAGAGACGACGGCGUCCAUGAACCUUCAGACGCAUGAGCUAACACGGGCGAUACGGCAAGAAUUUCUUCCUCCCCGAGAAGACGACGAGGAUGAAGAAUUUGAGGAGGAUGACUAUGACGAUGACGAUGAUUUUUUGGAUGUUAUCUCAAACUAUGAGCUCGAACGGGACAUUCAGCGGCUUUGUAUGAAAUUCAAUCGUGCUCGGGCGGGUUGGGUGGUAGCCCAAGAGGCAUUGGCUGAUGCGCGGGAGGAGGGCGCACAAUCGUUCGGACCCCAAAGUUUUGGUGUUAUAGCUUUGGGGGUCAUGUUAGAUGUAUUGAAGGAGCUGAGGAAGCCACGUACUCGGUAUUAA